AUGGAUGGAUGGAAUGGAGAUCGGCUGUUCCCCACCGUGAACAACCGCAAUCUGCUGCCGGAUUUCUCGCCGUCCGACAGCUACGGUUUGUUCCACGUAACUCCUGCUCCGGUGAUCGGAAAACACUUCCAGGUAAACCCUAAUAACCUAACUGCUUCUGCCAAUGCGAACGGGAUCCAUUCCAAUCCGUUUGAUCUCCUGCCGGUUACCGGUAGAUUCCACGGCGGCGGAAACGGCGGCGCCGGCAACAAUCCCUUCGCAAUUUCACCGGUUCCCGGCGGCAUUCAUCCAGCUCAUCAAUUUGGCAUUAAACGUUACCCUAAUUCAAGCCUGGUGAACGACAGUUUCGAGUUUCUCGGAGACGCGGAUUCGAAUUUCCGGACGAUCCGGAGCUUGACGACGGAGCGGAUUCCGGCCGCCGGCGGCGCUUACAAGACGAGAGACGGCGGCGGCGCGCUAUCUCUCCAUGAAUUAGAACACGCGCUUCGUGAAACCAGCAAUUUCAACAUCAAUUUCAGUAGCAGAAACAACGGAUAUCGAUUGGGAUUGGGAAUCAACAACAACAUCAACAAUCUCAACAACCUAAACCUACAAUCCUCCAUUAAUCGGCCCCGACAAUCGCAGCCGCAAGUGAUGAAUUUCUCCACGCUUGAGGACCUGAGAGGCAAGGUUUUGCUGGUGAUCAAGGACCAGCAAAGCUGCAGAUUCUUGCAGCAGAAGCUCGAGGAAGGAAAACCUGAGGAAAUCGAGAUGAUCUUCUCCGAGGUUAAGAAUUGCGUGCGUGAAUUAAUGAUCGAUCAGUCCGGUAAUUAUCUGAUUCAGAAGCUUUUCCAAGUCUGCAACGCUCCCCAAAUGUCUGAAUUACUCGUCUCCACUGUCAGAGAUGAUCGUCAACUCGUCGCCGUCUGUCUUGACAUGCAUGGGACGAGGGCGAUGCAGACAAUGCUGCAGCACCUGACAACAAAGGAGCAAAGAGCUUUGGUUGUCUCAGUUCUAAGGCGCAUCACAGUAACCUUAACAAAAAGCGUCAAUGGACAUCAUGUGAUUCAACACUGUGUCAAGUUCUUCUCCCAUGAAGAGAAGAAGCCAAUUCUGAGUGUGAUAGCAGACAACUGUCUGGACAUUGCGACGGACAAGAGUGGGUGUUGUGUUCUGCAACACUGCGUUGAAAACGCGGAUGGGCAAUCGCGAGAGCGUCUCGUGGCUGAAAUCACUGCAAAUUCCAUAGUCCUAUCUGAGCAUCCUUAUGGGAAUUACGUUGUGCAGAACAUAGUGGGACUGAAGAUAGCGCACGUGACGUCGGAGAUCUUGAAACAGCUGCAAGGGAGCUUUGUUUCGCUGUCGAUGAACAAGUAUGGGAGUAAUGUGGUGGAGAAGUGUUUGAAGGAGUCGGAGAAUGAGCAGGCAAUGCAGGUGGUGGAGGAGAUCAUAUCCAGCCCUAAUUUCUUGAUGCUUCUUCAGGAUCAAUAUGGGAACUAUGUUGCCCAAUCUGCACUCGCAAUAUGCAAGGGAUCUACCCGGCAUGCAAUGGUUAAUCUUAUAAACAUGCAUUAUAACUACUUGCACAGCCAUCCCUAUGGGAAGAGGGUUCUGGCAAAGACCAGAGGAAACAAGCAGCAGCUGCAUGCAUGA